CCCCCGCGCCACGUCCCGCUCGGGCUCCGCUCCCGAUCCCGAUCCCGAUCCUGAUCCCGGUCCUAAUCCCGGCCCCGCCCCGCCGGGCCAUGGCGUUCACGCUGUACUCGCUGCUGCAGGCCUCGCUGCUCAUCGUGAACGCCGUGGCCGUGCUGCACGAGGAGCGCUUCCUGCGGCACGUUGGCUGGGGAACUGACCAAGGGAUUGGAGGAUUUGGAGAGGAACCAGGAAUUAAAGCACAGCUCAUGAACCUUAUUCGAUCAGUACGAACUGUUAUGAGAGUGCCCUUAAUAGCACUGAACUCCAUUACAAUCGUCCUCCUCCUUUUGUUUGGCUGAAGACACCUGGUGAAAAUCCUCUGGACAUCCAAAGAAGCCGGUUGUUGACCAUCACUGCUCUGAGUUUUCUGGCAUCCAGCACAGUUUAGCUCCCAAUUUGACCUCCAACUUAAAAUAAUAAAGACACUAUUUCUACUCAUCCUAUUUCCCGAUGUUCCCUUUUGGUUUCACUAACCAAGAUCACGGGGAUCAAUUCAACAAUGCUGCAAAUAUGUUGGACUGUGACAAGUUCUGUUGCUGCCUGUUUCAUAGUGUUGAUGUCAUAAAAUAUUGCAGUGACUGUUAAUAUAGGAUGCAGUUUUUAAGUGUCUUGUUACUCAGGGAUGAAUUUCCUUCAGUACGCUUUCCAAUUUGUUUUUAAAUUGAGGAAAACAACAGUGUUUUGGUGUGGCUUUUUUUUUUCUUUUCUUUUUUUUUUUUUAAUUUCAGUUACUACCACAGCACUAUUUCAUGGAAUGUGAACUAGGCUCUGAAAACAUGUUAUUAUCAAGAAUUCAAGUUCAUGUUAUAGGGGAUUGAAGUCCAGCUGUGAUAUGGAGAUAAAACCAACUGGGUAAAGUUCUCAUUCUGGCUCACAUUGAAAGUAGAAUUUUCCUGGUUUGAUUGAGAGCACGAUUUUUCUCUUCAGAUCUCUUCAGUAGUUCAUGCUUAUGGUGAAGUCAUUUGAAAAUAAAUGCAAUUGCUGUGCAAAAAAAAAAAAAAAAAAAAAAAAUUCUGUACCUGAAGCUGGGCGACUCUGUAUUAAUUUAGCCUAGCAGGGGAUAUUAGUGAUUAGCAUUUGUUACUCUUCUGUCAAGGGGUAUUAGAGUUUUUUAAAUGUGUUUUAAAGUUUUUCUUCAUGGUGAUUAGUGUGGUCGAAUUGGGGAACCAUUUCUAUUCUGCAGUUCCUGGGAAAUGUGGGAGGAGGGGAAAUACCAUGGGAGAGGGGGAAUAUGAUGCCCUUUUCAAAUGCAGUUCUUUGUUUAAAAACCCCCCCGAAUUUGCAGCCUCUUCUGUUACUGCUCCUCCCCCCACCCUCCAUCUUCAUUUGUUAAAUUAACAGCUCUGAAAGUGAAACUGUGGAAAUGACUUUGCAGUUCUGUCGCAGAGAAUAUUGAUAAUUGCUUUGGUACAGGUUUCAAUUCGUCUGCUGAGUUAUCUCUGAAUUAAGGAAGGCACGUUCUCAUGUACCUUUUCAGAAAAGUUAGAAUUCUCGUGUCUGUUUCUCUGCUAAAGUGUUUUACCUUAAUUUUGAUGAGGGGAUGCCAAGGGGAAACCUGGCAGUUUCGUUAUUUUAAAGCAGCUUAGUUUGUAAUCUCUUCUCCUGAUGCCUUGAUGACUAAAGCAUACGCUGUUGUAUAUGAAUAUGAAUCUGUAAAAUGUGUGAAUGCAUUUAAUAAUCUUUCGGUUGCAGUGUUUUGUCAGAGUAAAAUAUAUCCAGGAGUAGA